AUGCGCUUGCUCAGGUAUGUACUCACGGCCUUGGCGUUCUUUGUUGCAGAAACUGCUGGGUCAGCAAACACUGUCGGAUUUCAGGCCAAGGUUGCUGCCCGCACCACGUCCCCAGCUCUCUCUCGCACGAAUGAGACCCUGUCCUUUGCGUCAAGUGUUGGUAAACACCACGACCGUCCUGUGUUCGACAUCAACGACGAAGACCAGAACGAGGAGGAGAGGGCCAUGCCGUUCGCAAGUCACUUCGAAUCAAUCCUAAAGUGGUUCAGGAGCUUCUUUGAUGGAACCAAGACUAAAACGCUCGUCGGAAAUGUCGUUGGGCGCAUGACGGCGGAGCAGAUCGUCGACAGAAGAAAAGUCGUCAAGAUGGAUGAGUUUGUGCAGCUGCUAGCUAAGGAAUUCCAAGUUCCGAACCGCCGUUGGAAUUACGCUAAGGUGGUCGACUCCUUAACGACCACAGGCGUACCUUCCAGUGUCAACCAACCCCAUGUGGAGUAUGAAGAUCUGAUAACAGCUUUUGUUUCGCUUCGAAAACUUCGUCACAUGGGGGUUCACGCUGACCGCAUGCAUGCGGCUUUAGUUGAGAAGAUGGGACAUAACUUACCGGAGAGGUUAUAUGCCCAGUGGAUCAAGCUGGGUUUAACUCCCGAUGAAGCUCUCGAGAUCGUUUUGACUGGGCAUGAAGCAAAGUUUUCACUAUUCCGUAGGUAUUACCACGGUGUGGAUGCUAUCGUGCACGACGUUAUGCGUCCGGUCAACGUGGUGUACAACUACGUCGAAGCAUACCGGCUUGGACACAGGUACAGCGAGGACGCCGAGACGAAGCUGUACAAAGUCGUCACGGACACGCUGAAGAAGCGAGGUGCCCAUCGUUCGGCUGGAAAAACUGGACAUGGACAUGACGCGGAACCGUUACAUGAUUUUGGGGAUAUGACGAUGGAUGGAGCCGGAUUUGGUGACUUUGGAAUGUGA